GUGUAAGACUGAAACAUUUAAUUGAGUGCCAUAAAGAUACUAAAUUUACAUUUCAACACACUCGUCGGAUUCUGACUAGACAGUCUAAGAAUUACAGUCGUCAUGUUUGUAAGUGAAGAAGUAAAGUCUUCAGACAAUGUUCACAUGAUCCGUCUUCGCAAAGAAGUAGUCGAUUCUAUAAAUAAUGGAUUAAUACAGCAACAGGAUUGGCAAAUCCGCUGGUGUACCAUGCCAAAGCAUUACUUAGAUGCGAGUCCAGAGCGCGUUGAUGAGUUUACAACGCGAGACGACGAUGUUUUUGUGGUAACAUUUCCAAAAAGUGGCACCACUUGGAUGCAGGAGCUCGCGUGGCUACUGCUCAAUCAGUUGGAUUUUGAGCGUGCCAAAUCCAGUUAUGCAAUGGAGCGCAGCAUAUUCUUAGAGCACUCUCUUCUGCAUCCUACGCUAGCGAUGGAUACGAUAAAGGCAUGUGAUGAACAGGCUAGUCCACGUCUAAUCAAGUCCCAUCUGCCUGCUCCAUUGCUACCAAGUGAGAUUUGGCAGCACAAGCGAAAGACAAUCUACGUUGCUCGCAAUCCCAAAGAUGUAGUAGUGUCUUCUUAUCACUUCUGGCGAGGAAUUGGAGUUUGGACAGGCUUGGACUUUGAUAAAUUUGUGGAAGAUUUUAUGUUCAAUAAGAUUUCGUAUGCUUCUUAUUGGGCUCAUAUAAUAGAUUUUUGGAAAAUGCGUAACGAAGCAAAUAUUUUCUUCGUAACGUAUGAACAGAUGAAGUGUGACCUAAAGUCAGUGAUUGAAAGGUUGCAAAAGUUUUUGGAGGUCCAGAGUUUGAAUGAGGACAGCAUGGAGAAACUCUUAAAUCACCUGUCAUUUCAAAAUAUGAAAGAAUCCAAAUACACCAACUUGACAGGCUUCCUGAAAACAAUUGAUAAUACAACAGAUGAUUUUGAAUUUAUGCGUCGAGGAAUAGUUGGAGCAUACAAUGAUGAACUGAGCGAGGCCCAAAAACAAAAGUUAGAUGAUUGGACGGCAGAAUUUUUGCUAGAGUACAAUCUAAAAGAAAGUGACAUCUUUGGCCAGCUAUGACGCUUUUAUAAACAAAAGAUGCGAAUAUUAAUUAGUACACAAAUGUUGUCCCACUUUGUAAACAAUCAUAAAAUAUAUAAAUAGCUAAUGCUUAUACAAAGGCUAG